GAAAUUGUUUACAAAAUGGGUCCGAGUGUGUUGAAAGUUUUUCUUUUUUUCCUAUUAUUUAAUUUCACUGUCGGCUUUGUUUUGAAAAUCGGUAAUUUAUUAACGUUGUCGAUCGGAGAAUUGUACGAGUUGGAUAUUAUACAUUACAAUGACUUCCAUGCCAGAUUCGAAGAAACGUCAGUAGAGACUCCAACAUGCCGAGUAAACAACAACUCGUGUCUCGGCGGCUUCCCGAGACUUUACAAGAAGAUCGAGUCAUUACGUCAGAAGAAACCUAACUCAAUACUUCUGAACGCAGGCGACAGUUUCCAGGGCACUUACUGGUACACGCUUCUCAAGUGGAACGUUACCCAGGAGUUUAUGAACCUUUUGGAACACGAUGCUCAUGCUAUCGGAAAUCACGAAUUCGAUGACGGCCCAGAAGGCUUGGCGCCAUAUCUGCGAGCACUUAAGGCGCCGGUCCUAGCAGCUAACAUGGAUUCUAGCAAGGAGCCCGUCUUGCAAGGGUUGUAUAAGGGGCAUAUUAUUAUAGAACGGAAGAAGAGGAAGAUUGGUAUUAUUGGACUUAUCACUCAAGACACUAAGAUUUUGUCCUCAGCUGGCAAUGUAGAGUUCACCGACCCGUUGGAAGCUGUCAAACAUGAAUCGGAAGCACUCAACGAAAAGGGAGUCGAUAUUAUUAUAGUACUGUCACAUUGCGGUCUUGAUGUUGAUAAACUAAUCGCCCAGAAUGCCGGCAAGUAUGUAGACAUCAUAGUGGGCGGUCACUCACAUUCUCUACUCUGGAACGGGCCAGCGCCAAGUGGAGAAGACGUGGCAGGGCCGUAUCCUGUUUUUGUUCAAUCCUCCGCAAAUAAGAAGCAUAAGGUCGUGAUAGUCCAAGCUUCAGCAUAUACCAAGUAUAUGGGCAACUUGAUCGUCUAUUUCGACUAUCGCGGCAAUUUCGUCAAGUGGGAAGGCGGGCCGAUAUUCCUUGACAGAAACGAACCAGAAGAUUUGGACAUCAAGGCGAGGUUAGCGCCAUAUGCAGCAUUGGUCCACAGCGCUGAACAGCAGGUGAUAGGCGAGAGUAAGAAGACGCUGCAUUUCGAGGAUUGUGUGUUCGGAGAGUGUGCUCUUGGCGAUCUAUUGGUAGAUGCGUUGAGUGAAUAUGCAAAGUCGUUACGACCAGAGCUCCAUUACAUAGCGUUUAUGCAACGUGGAAAUAUCAAAUCUACAAUACCUAGUGGACAAAUAACAAAAGGCGUAACGUUCGAGUUGUUGCCCUUCAACGAUCGUGUGGAAGUGUUCGAGCUACAGGGCAAGGACAUUCUCCUGGCACUAGAAAGAGGCGUCUCCAAUGCGUGGGCCUUCGACCCUUUCAAAGGGCCUUUUGUGCUGCAAGUUUCAGGUCUCCAAGUCACAUACAAUGUGUCGCUGCCCGAAGGUCAGCGUGUGACGUCAGCAUACGUCGGCAACAGUAGGGACUCCAAUGUCGCACUGGACCCUUCAAUUUACUAUCAUGUGACCGCGCCUGCUUAUUUGGCUGACGGUGGCGACGGGUUUACGAUGUUCAAAGAAGGAAAGAAGAACGUCGACGUGGUCGGUCGUGAUCAGAAAGUUCUAGAAACAUACAUCGAGAAGCAUUCACCUAUAGACGUAUCCACGGACGGACGAAUUGUCAUUAACUAUUAGAUUAUAUUGUACAGUACAUAUCAAUAGACUGUUUUUCAUUUUUAUAGUACAAUGUUCGUGUUUUUAAAUAAAUAAUUUAUUUGAAACAUUUUA